AGAGAGAGAGAGAGAGAGAGAGAGAGAGAGAGAGAGCGCGCAGGUGUUUGGAUUGACAGAAUCUAAAUCGAGCUGUUACCUACACUUUUCAUUUGCUUUGUUUUUCUUUCUGCCGUCGGAGUUGUGCGUGUGGCCACCAUCGUGCCCUGUUAAGCAAGGCCGGAUAGACGUUAUUUAGCGCCGCUGAUUGUGUGCGUGCGCGCUCGCGUGUGUGAGCGUGUUUGUGUGUGUGUGUGUGUGUGAUCACCGGAGUGGCUGUGCGCUCAGUGGGCCGCCGCGUUCGAUCAUGUCCUCACUUUCGACUCAGUAAGAGGAAUCAAACUUUAUCCGCAACAAGUCGCGCCAGUGGGCACCUGAUCCAGACGAGGCGCUCGUGUCCCAGGGUGAUGAUGGAGAGCGCGCUAUACCCCCCAGCGGGGAUAUUCGGCACCCCUUCACCGUCCACGGCGGGAGGAAGUAUGGUCACCAGCUCCAAACCCCUGGCGUUCUCCAUCGAGCGGAUUAUGGCCAGGACGCCGGAACCCAAGUCGAUGCUAUCUCUGCCGAACUCUAUGCAGCACAGUGCCGCGGGAAAGGCCGACACACGGGCCUCGCUCGCUGUGCCGCCAUCCCCGCUGCACUGCGUGCUGCCCCUCAUGCCGCUGGCCUACGAGCCCGCGCACAAACUUCACAGACUAGAGACGAGUCGCGGCGAGCCCGAGUUUCCCUACGGUGCCGGCGAGCUUCUGAGCAUCGGCGCCAGCGCCAAGAGCGAGCAGCGGGACGCAGCGCCGGCGAUUGGACAGUACAAACUUUUCCGGCCACGGGUACUUUCGCACUCAUCCGUGCACACCGCCGCUGCCGCCGUGUGCUACGUGAACUGUGGGGAGAGCGCAUGCGCGCCUCCGCCCGCCGCCCUGCUCAACCUGCACCCGGUGGCCUCGUACCUGCUGAACACCCCGUUACACACUCGCCACAAAAGCCUUCUGGCGGAAAAAAGCAGAGGCGCGCACGGCCUGGACUCUUACCCCGGAGCGCUGGCGCUGAAGGAGCUCUCUCACUCUCAGCUGCAGCACUACAUGAAGGAGAGCGCGCACAUCCUCUCCGAGAAACUGUUCAAGAGCUCCGCCAAGUUACACACCGGCUCUCCUCCAGCCAAGGCUAAAGUGUUCACUUGUGAAGUGUGCGGCAAGGUGUUCAACGCGCACUAUAACUUAACCCGCCACAUGCCCGUACACACCGGAGCCAGACCGUUCGUGUGUAAAGUGUGCGGUAAAGGAUUUCGCCAAGCAAGCACCCUCUGUCGCCAUAAAAUUAUUCAUACUCAGGAAAAGCCGCACAAAUGCCAUCAGUGUGGGAAAGCAUUUAACCGGAGCUCCACUCUCAACACGCACGCGCGCAUCCACGCAGGAUACAAACCAUUUGUGUGUGAAUUCUGUGGAAAGGGAUUCCACCAAAAAGGCAAUUAUAAAAAUCAUAAAUUGACGCACAGCGGCGAGAAACAGUUCAAGUGCAAUAUCUGCAACAAAGCCUUCCACCAAGUAUACAACCUGACUUUCCACAUGCACACGCACAACGACAAGAAACCGUUCACCUGUCCCACGUGCGGUAAAGGCUUCUGCAGAAACUUCGACCUGAAGAAGCACAUACGGAAACUGCACGACGCAUCACCGGACCCGCACUCACCGGGAACACCUACAGAUCAGCGUGAAGCCCAGUGAACACUCUUUAGAAGCUGUGCAUUAUUAGAAAACUACACAAUCCCAGCAUAAAACAAUGCGUCAAAAUGGACCAUACUGUUCAAUACGGCAGUGUGCAGGUUUGCGGGUUGGAACGCUUCACUACACCAGACUGGGUUCUUUAGUGUGAAGCUGCACAGCUCUAACCUGCGACCAAACAUUUAUUUUAUUUUAUUUUUAUUAUAAUUAUUAUAUAUAUAUAUAUUUUCCCAUUCGUCAGUGGAAAUACAAUUACACAACGAUAGCAUUCUUUUCACUCUCAGGGUAUGUGUACUGCGUGGUAUGGUUUAUCACAAGACCUUUAUUGACUGCUUUAUUAUUUGUCUAAAAAGAGAGUGAGGAUAAUUCUACGGAUAAUUCGGCUCAUUUUCGUGAUGACGCGGUAUAUUUCUUCACAUCGUGUUCAAUGCCACAUAUUUAUAAGUUUUGCUGUUCUUUAUCAGCCAUGCUGUUGACGCUUAUUUUGGGUGUAAAUUAUGCAAGAGUUUGUUGUAUAUAAUUAUCACUGGCAUUCAGAUUUCUCAUCAAGACAACAUAUAAAUCGUUAUAAUGAGGGGAAAUAAACGUAAAAAAAAAAAAAACUUUUAUGUCAUAUCGUUCCAAAGUUUUAUUAUUUCUAACUGGUGUGCAAUUUGCCUUUUUUCCCUCUACAG